CCCGCUACCGCGAAUCUACCGCGGGUCUACAGCCGUAAGGUCCGCUAGUGGCCCGCCUAAAAGUGCUGGAUCAACAGCGCCAAGGAGAUCCACAGCACCUCCGGAUCCCGCAACCGGACAGUGGCACCACGUCCCGCAGCGGGAUUCGCUAACAGCCCAGGGCCGCCUAAAUGUUCACGCCAUUCUUUCGUCCCAAUUCCCAACUACGUCACCCUUUCUUCCCAAUUGUCUGAUCUCCCACGUUCUUUCAACCCUCAAUCAACCACCCUUCGUUCGGUUGAGUCAAGACCUUUAGGUCUGUCUCUAUUGCGACACUACCUAGACUCUAGAGUAGAUCUCACCAAGUCCCGUCCCUACAAGAGCCCAAGCCCACCGUCGUCACCCCACGUCAGUCGCAACAAUGGGUUUCGUAGCCGGCGUCACCGGCGGCGCAACCCUCACCCUCGGCCUCACCUACCUCGCCAUCGCCGCCCACCAGCAAAACCGCACCCACCAAUCCGACCUCCUGCGCGCGCAGACCCGCUUCGUCAACACGCUCGCCCGCGACACCCUCCCAACCAACCUGCGCACGCGCUACCCCGUCAACGAUGAGGACCUAGCCUACUUCCCUCCCCCUCGCUCCGAGCUCGUCGAGCGCGAGCGCCACCGCUUCGUCGAGUCCGUCAAGGACAAGUGGAACCACGAAAUCGAGAACGCGGUGCGGUGGGCGCAGACCACGGACUGGUCGUCAGUCCGCGAAAAAGCCGAGGACGCUGUUGCCAGUCUGUUUGGCUUCACGAUCGAUCGCAGCGAGUAUGCUGCGGAGAAGGCGAGGGAGGCGGCUAGGAUUGCGGCGGAAAGGAUGAGGUAUGCUGCCGAGGAGGGCAAGGAGACGGGCAAGAUUAUGGCUAGGGAGGCGCGCGUCACGUCGGAGGAGAUGAGGAGGCGGGCGGCCGAGACGGCGAGGUUGUGGAGCCGGGAAGCGAAGGAGGAGAUGCAGGUGGUUAAGGGAGUGGGGCAUAGGGUCGCCGAGGAGAUCAGGCAUGAUGCUGAGGUGGUCAGAGGCGUGGUGAACAGCGCUGUGGAUAAGGCGGUGGAGAAGGGCCGCCACGGCAUCGAGAAGGUGGAGGAGGCGGUGGGCAUGGGCAAGGCGGCGGUUCGUCUCGCCGAGGAGAAAUUCGAGGCCGCGGCGGACCGGAAACUGUUACAUGUGUCGGAGAUUGACAAGGCGUUGCAGGAGAGGUAUACCAAGAGGGAGGAUGUCAUGAAGAAGAGCGUGCAGGAGGUGCUGGCGGAGAGAUAUAUCCCGAUGGACAAGAGGGACAAUACCCGGUUACGCAGUCUUAUUUAGGGGUUGGGCAUUGGGAUACGAUGCGAGAUUAGUACAUAGAAAAAAGAGGCAGCAGUUAUGGAAGGGUUUGAAGAGCAACAACGAAAGAGUUGUUAUCACCACUACUACCAACAUGGCGACAUAUGAUAUGACAUACGCACUCUGUUCAAGAAACACUAUAUGCC